AUGCAGUUCCACGUCCUGCCCAAGCUCAACAUCUCGUUGCCGACGUCGUACAUCGACCCGGCUACAAUUCAGCUGCCCGACUGGAUGUUCCUGGCUGAUCCGGAGUUCCACAAAACCGGUCCAGUGGACGUCAUUAUCGGUGCCGAGUUCUACAUGGACUUGCUGACGGACGAACGGGUGAAACCAGCUGCAGACGGUCCCACGCUGCACAACACGGUGUUCGGUUGGAUCAUUUCCGGCCGGCUUCCCGGCAGCGUUCCAGAAUCGACGUCUCUCGUAUCCGUCGCGGCAAUCGACGAGCUGCUGACCAGAUUUUGGGAACUGGAAACGUGCCGCACCAAGAGCACGCACUCGAUCGAAGAAUCCUUGUGCGAGCAGCUGUUCGAGGAGACGACGCGUCUCGGUGAGUCCAGAUCAACAGCCAUCAAACGCUUCCUGGGACUGGAGAAGCGGCUGUCAGCGAAUCCAGACCUGAAACAACAGUACAGUGAUUUUAUUCACGAGUACGAGGCCAUGGGACACAUGAAACGGGUUGCCGGCGACACGGCCGGGGGAGAGUUAGCGUAUUACCUGCCACACCACUGCGUCUUGAGGCCGGACAGCACCACUACGAAGCUCCGCGUGGUGUUUGAUGCUUCGUGUCGCACGUCUACCGGAGUUGCUCUGAACGAUGCGCUCAUGGUGGGACCAGUUGUGCAGGACGAUUUACUGGACAUUGCGCUACGCUUUCGACUUCACGCUGUUGCCAUCGUCGCUGACAUCGCCAAGAUGUACCGUAUGAUUCGCGUCCAGCCUGACGACCAGAGACUGCAGAGAAUCGUUUGGAGAGACAAUGCUGACGAACCCAUCCGAAUCUACGAGCUGACAACUGUCACGUACGGAACGGCGUCUGCGCCGUAUUUAGCGACCAAGUGCUUGCAAAAACUCGGUGAGAUCGGAGAAAAGACGCAUCCAUCCGCUGCCAAGGUCCUCAAACGUGACUUCUACGUUGACGACAUGCUGGCAGGUGCGCACACGGUCGCAGAAGGAAAAGAGCUAGUCGCCGAAAUGGUCGAUCUGAUGGAAUCUGGCGGAUUCUCGUUGCGAAAGUGGCAUUCUAACUCCCGAGACAUCCUGCUCGACGUCCCGGAACAUCUUCGCGACGAACGGACCCUGCUAGAACUGGACACGUCUGACGCAACCGUCAAGACGCUCGGGCUCGUCUGGGAGCCAAGUACGGACUGUUUCCGUUUCAGAUCGCCAAAGUGGAACGACGUUGCAGUGAUCACGAAGCGUGUCGUGGCCUCAGACAUGGCCAUGAUCUUCGACCCGUACGGGCUGAUCGGUCCUGUCGUCGUCCAAGCAAAAUCUUCGUGCAGAAGCUGUGGUGCAUGGAACUGGACUGGGACGCCGCUCUGCCAGAAGAUCUGCAGGAGUGCAGAUGACCAGAAUGUGCAGCUUCACGGGUUCUGCGACGCUUCAGUCAACGCUUAUGGUGCGUGCAUCUACAUCCGAACCGUUUCGGCCAACGGCGACGUCACCGUACGCUUGCUGGCCUCCAAAUCCCGUAUCGCACCGCUCGAGAACCUGAAGAAGAAGAAGCGUAAGCAGUCGAUUCCCCGCCUGGAGCUGGCGUCCGCUCUGCUGCUGGCGCAUCUGUACGAGAAGGUGGCCAACGCCAUCAACUUCCGAGGCAAAGCGUUCUUCUGGACGGAUUCCAUGAUCGUACGCUGCUGGCUUGCGUCACUACCGUCCAGAUGGAACCAGUUCGUGGCCAACCGUGUGUCCGAGAUUCAACACCUGACGGAGAGCGGAUCUUGGGACCAUGUGCCCGGAAUAGAGAACCCAGCUGACAUCAUUUCUCGCGGCAUGACACCGAUGCAGCUGCAGUACUCAAAGCUCUGGUUCAACGGUCCUGAUUGGCUGAGUCUCGACCACCAGCACUGGCCGCACGCUCAAGUGCCGAACGCAGCAGACUUCGACCACGAAGAACUGGAGGAACACAACGCUGUCGCUGCAGUUGCACAAGACGCCGAGCCCUGCAGACUGUUCACAGCGAAUUCGUCGUACACCGUGACAAUACGGACGACCGCUGUAAUCUGCCGCUUCUGUUUCAACAGCCGUGCGGCGAACAAGCAUUGUCGCAGAGUUGGUCCGUUGACGGCUGAAGAGCUCGAGGUCGCUUUGAAGAAGCUGGUGCGCCUCGCUCAACGAGAAUGCUUCCCGGAAGAGUACGAUGCUUUGUCCAGAGAUCGCGCGAUUCCAAACAACUCCCGCAUCGCUGCGCUGAACCCAAGAAUCAUCGAUGGAAUCCUGUGCGUCGGCGGCCGGUUGCAGCACGCCGCAGUCUCGGACAAUCGGAAGCAUCCGUACAUUCUCGACCAUCGUCAUCCGUUCACGAAGCUUAUCGUCACACACUAUCACGAGACCAUGUUUCACGCUGGACAACAACUGUUGAUCUCUGCUGUGCGUGAGCGGUUCUGGCCGAUCAACAUCCGCAACCUCGUUCGCGAGGUGAUCCACAAGUGUGUCGAUUGCUUCCGUGUCAAGCCGAAGGUUCUGGACCAGCUUAUGGCGGAUCUGCCGCCCGAACGAGUCACUCCGUGCACACCAUUCGCACGAGUCGGAGUUGACUACUGCGGACCUUUUCAGGUCGCGUACCCGCAGCGCCGAGCUCGCCCAGUGAAGUGCUUCGUUGCCAUCUUCGUCUGCCUGGUCACCAAGGCCGUUCACCUAGAACUAGCCGCAGACCUGACGACGCAGGCAUUUCUGGCGGCCCUCAAACGGUUCACUGCCCGGCGUGGCAAACCGAAGCUGGUCAUGUGCGACAACGCCAAGAACUUCGUCGGCGCAAGACGUGAGCUGAGCGAACUCGCCAAGCUGUUCCUAAGUCAGCAGUUCCAAGAGGAGAUCAUCCGCGAAACAGCGAACGACAGCAUCGAAUUUAAGUUCAUUCCCGCUCGCUCGCCGAACUUCGGCGGCCUCUGGGAGUCCGCGGUGAAGAGCUUCAAGUUGCUGUUCAAACGUACGAUCGGGCUGCACACCCUGCUGUACGACGAGUUCCAGACUGUGCUGGUUCAGAUCGAAGCGAUCCUCAACUCGCGACCGCUCACGCCGCUCAGCAACGACCCCGCAGACUUCGAAGCGCUCACCCCAGGACACUUCCUGAUCCAGCGUCCACUCACUGCGAUUCCAGAACCAAACCUCGACCACAUUCCCGAGAACAGACUGUCGGCCUGGCAAACCGUCCAGCGGUACACGCAGCAGCUCUGGAAGAAGUGGUCCAACCUCUACCUGUCGGACCUGCACAACCGCACGAAGUGGACAAAGCAAAAGGACAACGUUGCUGUCGGAACCAUGGUCCUGCUGAAGGACGAGAACCUCCCGCCGUUGAAGUGGCAGCUCGGACGCGUUUCCGAUAUCCACCCGGGAGCUGACGGCAAUAUCCGUGUCGUCACGGUGCGCACAAAGGACGGUAGCUAUCUGCGUGCGAUCUCUAAGAUCUGCAUUCUGCCGAUCCGUGACAACCUUUCUACCGCGCAAGGGGAGAACUAG